GCCUUUUCUGAGUUUGCCCGGUAGGCCAUCGAGUUUCUUUGGUUUGCUUCCCUCUUCCUCCUCGCGAGAGCCGCCAAGACUCUGAGACCCCAGCCACAGGUUGAAAGCAUGGGUGCUAGCUGUUGCUAGCUAGUCUUGUUUGAUUGCGUGAGAAAACAAAAAAAUUGAACAACUUUGCUAUUAAACUUGUUUAAUCGUUAUAGUGAUAUCAUCUAAGGACCAGCAACAAGAUGAGUUUACUCGCCAAAAUAGCAGAAAUUGAGGCCGAGAUGGCUCGGACUCAGAAGAACAAGGCCACGUCUAACCACUUGGGGUUGCUCAAAGCUCGUCUGGCCAAGAUGAGGAGAGAACUUAUCACACCAAAGGGAGGCAGUGGAGGAGGCACAGGGGAAGGUUUUGAUGUGGCAAAAACAGGUGAUGCCCGUAUCGGGUUUGUAGGGUUCCCCUCAGUGGGCAAGUCUACUUUGCUAAGUAACCUGGCAGGGGUGUACUCUGAGGUGGCGGCCUAUGAGUUCACCACCCUCACCACAGUACCAGGAGUGAUCCGCUACAAGGGUGCCAAAAUACAGCUCCUGGAUCUCCCAGGUAUCAUCGAGGGGGCCAAAGAUGGCAAGGGUAGAGGACGACAGGUCAUCGCAGUGGCUCGAACCUGCAACCUGAUCCUCAUAGUGUUGGAUGUUCUAAAGCCUCUGGGCCACAAGAAGCUGAUUGAACACGAGCUGGAGGGCUUUGGAAUCCGCCUCAACAAGAAGCCGCCCAACAUCGGCUUCAAGAAGAAGGACAAAGGAGGCAUCAACUUCACCGUCACAUGUCCACAGAGUGAGCUGGACGGUGACGCAGUGAAGAGCAUCCUGGCCGAGUACAAGAUCCACAACGCUGACAUCACCCUGCGCAGUGACUCCACGGCUGAUGACCUCAUUGACGUGGUGGAGGGAAACCGAGUGUACAUCCCCUGCAUUUAUGUGCUCAACAAAAUUGACCAGAUCUCCAUUGAAGAGCUGGACAUAAUCUACAAGGUGCCCCACUGUGUGCCCAUCUCUGCCCACUCCCGCUGGAACUUUGAUGACCUUCUGGAGAAGAUGUGGGACUACCUGCACCUAGUGCGCAUAUACACCAAACCCAAAGGCCAGCUUCCUGACUACACAUCUCCAGUUGUUCUACCUACUGAACAUACUGCAGUGGAGGACUUCUGUUUGAAGAUUCAUAAAAGCCUCCUCAAAGAAUUAAAAUAUGCUCUGGUGUGGGGUGCUUCAGUGAAACACAACCCCCAGAAGGUGGGAAAAGACCAUGUCAUGGAGGAUGAGGAUGUUAUCCAGCUGGUGAAAAAGUAAAAAGACUUAAUUUUCUCAUCACAGGGAAUAGUCUGCUGCUCAUGAAGACCCCUCAAACAUAUCCACGAGAACAUCUGUGUCUUGUGGUUCUCAAUUUUAUUUUGGAAUUUGAAAAACGGAAAAGAAAAAAUAUGAAUGUCCAUGUUGCGUUUACCUCUCAUUUAUGCCGACAUGUGAUUCAUUAAAUCCAUCGAAGAGUAUUAUCCUUGAAUCUCAAAAAUAUCAAAUAAACACCAUAAAUAUGA